AUGGUGUCCAAGCAACCGCUCUCGGGCCACGGGUCGCCGAGAGGGAGAGGCUGCGCCGAGGGCGCCAGCGGGAGCGCGUGGAAGGGCGUCGUUGACCCCGCGGAUUCGGGUCGUAGCAGUGGUGGCAGCGGUAGCUCGGGAAAGGGCAAGAAGGCGCCACCGCGCGUUGUAGACACGAAGAAGGGGGCACCGAAGAUUCCCGCCCAUCUUCUUGCGCCCGGCCCGAUCAAGCCGGCAGGCGGCCUGGAGAGGAAGGGCGCCGGUUCUGACAGUCCCGCGGCCAGGCAGCCGUCGUCGGGCGCCGCCUCCGUCGCGAAGAAGGCGUCGUCGCCGGUGGACCUGCACGAGAAGAGGCUUCUUAUGCUCUGGAAGGACGACGCCGCUCGCAGCCAGAAAACGAGGGAGGAGCAAUUGGUGAAAGUGCGAUUGGCGAGGGAGAAGCUCAAGAAGGACGAGCAGAAGAGAACCAUGGAGAUGCAGAGGCAAAUAAUGGAGAUUCAGCAACGAUACAUCCAACAACACCAAAAGCAUCAACCACCACCACAACAACAACAACAACAACAGUCGAAGCGACCGAGCAACCAGCAGAAGCCCCUCCAGAAGACGGCCACUGCUGCCGAAGAACACAGGCGGAACCUAGAGCUGCAGGAGAUGAAGAAGGCCAAGGCUGCUCAGACGCAGGCCCCGACGGCAGCGCAGAUCCAUGUCAAGGAAGUGCAGCAACGGUACCAGCAGGAAGUGGCCAAGCAGCUCGCGUUGCUAAGGAGGAACCAGGUCUCCUAUUGGUCAAACGGGCGGCCCGCCCUCUCGACGAUUAAGUUUUCGGACAGGAAGCUGGUCCCGACGCCGAUCGUGCCGCAAGACCUCUACCGCAAGGCCGUCCAGAACAUGCUCACGCUGCGAGAGAGCACGACCCCGCCGCUGCCGGCACCGCCACCGCCGCCGCAGGAGAAAACGGGAGGCAGCCCCUCGAACAACGGCAACGACAACAUCAGCGUCCCUAACCCCACGGCCAUCGCCACGGUCACCUCCUACUCCACCGCUAGCUUCACCACCGCCGCCCCGAACCACUUUCCCCGCGACUUCCACGACUACUACCAGCUGGGAUCCGCAGGAGCGGAGCAACAACCCCAGCGGCCCCCCUCGGAAGCCUACGUCCCGCCGCCGGUGCUUCCAGUGGGCUUGGUCGCCGGCGGGCUCACGUCCUGGAAGCAGGAGACGGCCGGGUGUCUCGAUGAGGAGUGGCCCAUCUCAAAGUCUGCCGGGGGCGUCGCGUCGAUGAUUCGGCGCGGGAACACGGUCGCCGGCGGCCGUUGGGGGGACAGCGGCGCCUGCGGCGCCGAGGGCGGCGGCGGCGGCGGUGCGAUGAUGGGCAAGGUCGGCGUCCAUUGGGGUGACAACGGGGAGGGCGGCGGGAGGCUGGGCAGCGUCGGGAUGGUGGUGGCGGCGGCGGCGGCGGCAGCGGCAGCGGCAGCGGAAGAGAAGGACCCGCAGCAGCAGCAGCAGCAGCAGGGGAAGAAGCAGCAAGAGGGCGCGGCAGGAGGAGGGACGUUGGGCGCGACGACAAGCGGCGCUCCAAGCCAGCGGCAGCUGGAGCGGCAGCGCGCAGCCCGGACGGGCCGCAGUUCGGACCUCAGAAAGGUCUUCCAAGGGCACUCCCAGGCAGAAAUCUUGGGCAGCACCCGAGAGGCUAUGCGGUCCCGCCUUCACUUCUGGGCGAGGGAGAUUCCCAUUUUUGUUGAACAAGGCGGGGAGAUUGAGGCGGGCGUCGGAGAAAUUCCCGUCAACAUGACGGUGAUCAGGGCUACCAUCGGCCCCGGAGAAAGCAGCGCCUGGGCGGGAAAGUCGCUCGACAACUGGAAGGGGCUUGAACCACUCACGGUCGAGCGAGAGGGCGUGCGAGAGCGACUGUUGGGCAGCGGGACGGCGGACGCUCCUUUAGAGCUCGAGGAGGAGGAGGGCCACCUCCUCCGCUCGCCAGGACUUGCGGGCGUUAAGAACGGGAGAGAGAGGCACAGGCUGUACGACCUGAACGGCGCCAUGCCCCCUAAGGAGAGGCCGGUCGCUGCCGCCGCGCGUGCCAACGGGGACCGAUCCAAAGAACGUCCAUCCCCCAAUAGGGACCGAUUCAAAGAACGUUCCUUCCCCAACAGGAACCGAUCCAAAGAACUUCCCUCUCCUAGCGGGGACCGAUCCAAAGACCGUUCCUCUCCCAACGGGGACCGAUCCAAAGAACGUUCCUCCCUCGCCGCCGGGAAGGAAGGGUCGAGGAAAGAGGGAGGGAACGAGAAGACCUCUCCUGCUGGAAAGGCCGGCGGUGGCGGUGGCGGUGGCGGGUCGGUGGCGGCAGCAAAUGCCGUGGUGGAAGAGAUUGACGUGCUGGUCGCCGAGCGUAUCAGGAGCAUGAGAGCGGUGGACGUGGACCUAGCCGCCGCGGAACGCCCGACCCCCAAGAAGCCGACAAAGACUUCGGCAUCGUCGCCACCACCACCACCACCGAAGGCCGCCGCGUCCAACCACGAGAAGCCGGCCGCCAAGAAGGGCGGCGAUGGUGGCGCAGACAGGCCCAAGGACAAGGCCAGAGGAACGGCUGCGGCUACCCCCACGAAGCGGUACAGGAUCUCGUCCAGCAGUAAUCUCCCGCCGGGCUGGGAAAUCAUUCGCAGCAAGCAGCCUGAGAAGAACAACGGAUACGCGUGCCGGUGGUACGUCUAUAAGUACGGCAAAGGGAGCAACCUGCCGAACUUGAAGUUCAAGAACCUCCGCGACGUGGAAGACUUCGUCCACUCCGACCUUCCAGGGGCUAAGAUCCACCGCAGGGCGAUGGAGAAGAGGAAGCGCCAGACGGAAGCAUCGAUGCACUGUGCCGAGUGGAGGGCGAAGAGGAAGAUGCUGGAGGAGUCGAUGGGGCAGCCGCAAGAGCAGGAGCAGCAGCUGCACGCGAAGGAGAUGUUGACGCACUCAUCGGGGGGUCCCGUGGAUGGCGGGGGGGGUGGCACCGAGAAGAAGAAGAAAAAGAAGAAGAAAGAAAAAAGGAAGGACAAGGGCAAAGGGAAGGGUCGGGAGGAGAAGAAGGAGCAGGAGGAGGAGGAGGAGGAGGUGACGGUUGUUGACCCCCCCGGGCAGGUGGCCAAGCAGGGGGGGGAGGAAGGUUCUCGGGAGCCUACUGAGGCGCCGGCAGCGGUGGCGCCGGCGGCGGAAGGCGACCACAAGGCCGAGGAAGUCCACCGGCCAGACAAGCCGGCAGUGCCGGCGGUGACGGUGGAGGCAGAGGAGGCUGCCGCCGGUGAUGAGGGUCAGGAGAGCAAGAAGGCGAAGAAGAAGAAGAAGAAGAAGAAGCACGAGAGCAUCGCCAGGAAGCUCCAGGAUUGCCUCGCUCCGGGCCGCAAGGAGGAGGGCCACCACGCCUCCAAGGGCAGGCGCGGUCGGGACGACGACAAGCGAGAGGCGAAGCGCGAAGCCAGGCGUGCCGCCGCGGAGGCCUCCAAGCCGGGCUCGCGCGGACACUCGAUCGGCUCCAAGAACAUCGGCGCGGGAGGGGCAGCAUCAUCCGGUGGGGAGGCAGCCGUCAACGGCGGCAAGAAGCGGGGGGCGCCCGGAGGAGAUGGGUCGCGGAAGAAACGCAAGAAGGGGCAGAGCGUCCAAGAGGAGCUAGACGAAGUCGCGCAGAGGGAGAUGGAGGAGAUCGUGGGGGCCUACUCCAACAAGCAGGCCCGCAAGGAGCUACUUGCGAAGCUUCGAGAGCAGGCGCAGCUCGAGGCCCGUGCCCGGCGGAGGGAGGGGACAGAAGGAGCGGGUUUGGACGGUGGCGAAGGGAAGGCGAACGGCGGGGUGGACGGGAAGAGCGGCGACAGCGAGGAGGCUGACGACGUGACGGCGGCGGCGGCGGCAGCGGUGACAGCGGCGGCAGCGGUGACGGCGGCGCGGAAAGCUCUGGGAGGCGAGCUGUCUCGCGCUGGGAAGCCGGCCAACAGUAGUGCCGCCGAGGUUAACCACGAGCGCCACCGGGGGGAUGAGGAGGUGGACGAGAACGAAAAGAAGCAGCAUCGGAAGGGAAAGAAGGAGAAAAGAAGGGCCGCCGAGGAGGAAGAGCGCCGCCGUUCUUCUCCGCGCGUGGCCGAGCUUACCUUCCGGGAAGACUCCCACGAUGGAAGUAGCGGCAGCGGCAGCGGCGGCGGGAAAAAGAAAAGGAAGGCGGGUUCUCUCCCCUCUGCCGGAAGCAGCAAGAGGCACUCGGUCGGUGGGGGCAAGAGGGACGACGAUAACCGCCGGCAGUCGAGCCGGGCGGCAUCUGCUGUGGCGACGGCGGCGUUGAGUGGGAGGCUCUACCUGUAG